AGCUGGAUGGAGGCUGAGCGCCUCUGUUUGGCGAAUUACAGCGGGACCUUAUUAUCCAUCGACAGUGAGGAGGAACACAGUUUUGUGUCCAAUGUUCUCUCUCGGGAACCGUUUGUUUCAUCUAUCAAUAAUCAGUCUGUUUGGACUGGUUUAUUUCAGUUUAACGACCAGUGGAGAUGGCCAGAAUAUCGGAAAUUCAUCGGAAGAAUUGCUUCGUUCGUCAUACCCGGCUUUUUAAAUAAGACAAUUGGACUAAAGCAGCGAGUUGUCUUGAGAGACGGGACAUGGACCGUAACUGAUUUAGAUAAUAAGCAUCCUUUUAUAUGUGAAUCGGCAGCUCAUCUAUCGCAUUGUGCUUAUGGAUCCAACUGGAAAACGUUUAAUUUAACUUUUGAUACUAGCUCUCAAACAAAUUUACCAAACAAUACUUCUGUAACAGGGGCUCAAUCAACAACUCAACCAAGGAACGUUUCUUUUAAUACAACACAACCGACAAGAGCUACCGUUACAAUUCAUACUGAAACAAGUCUGUCAACAAGCCAGUCUCUUACAAUCAGUCAAUCAACGAUUCCAUCGAAAAACGUUUCUGUUACAACCGAUCAACCAACAAGUAUAUUAACCAGAGCUUCGUUUACAACUACUCAGCUAAUAAAUCCAAUGAUUACACCAUUUCUUACAAAAAAGCAACCAACAACUGAUACUUCCAGUCAACACAUGCAUGUGACUCAACCGAAUAAAGAUUCCGAUAAUUUAACAAAUUCAAGUCAACACAUAACUACAUUGACUACAGAUUCUGCUACCACUAGUCAACAAAAAACUUCUUUGACUACAAAUUCUGCGAUCACUAGUCAACAAAGUAUUCCACUGACUACAUAUUCUGCUACCACUAGUCAACAAAAAACUCUAUUGACUACAAAUUCUGCUACCACUAGUCAACAAAAAACUACAUUGACUACAGAUUCUGUUCCCACUAGUCAACAAAAAACUACACUAACUACAGAUUCUGCUACGACUAGCCAACAAAAUACGUCAUUGACUACAGAAUAUGCUACCAUUAGUCAACACAAAACUUCUUUGACUACAAAUUCUGCUAUCGCUAGUCAACAAAAUAUUCCAUUGACUACAGAUUCUGCUACCACUAAUCAACAAAAUAGGUCAUUGACUACAGAUUCUGCUACCACUAGUCAGGAAAUAACUCCAUUGACUAGAGAUUUUGCUACCACUUGUCAACAAAAUACGUCACUGACUACAGGUUCCUCUUCAAAUAAUCAACAAAAUACGUCAUUUACUACAGAUUCUGUUACCACUAGUCAACAAAAAACUAAAUUGACUACAGAUUCUGCUACCACUAGUCAACAAAAUAUUCCAUUGACUACAGAAUCGGCUACCACUAGUCAACAAAAUAUUCCAUUGACUACAGAUUCUGCUACCACUAGUCAACAAAAAACUACAUUGACUAUAGGUUCUGCUACCACUAGUCAACCAAAUACGUCAUUGACUACAGGUUCUUUUACCUUUGGUCAACAAAAUACGUCAAUAAAUACAGACUCUGCUAUCACUGGUCAACAAAAUACGUCAUUGACUACAAAUUCUGCCACCACUAGUCAGCAAAUAACUCCAUUGACUACAGAUUCUGCUACCACUAGUCAACAAAAUACGUCAUUGACUACAGAUUCUGCUACCAUUGGUCAACAAAAAACUACAUUGACUACAGAUUCUUUUACGUCUAGUCAACAAAAAACUACACUAACUACAGAUUCUGUUACCACUAGUCAACAAAAUACGUCAUUGACUACAGAUUCUGUUACCACUAGUCAACAAAAAACUACACUAACUACAGAUUCUGCUACGACUAGCCAACAAAACACGUCAUUGACUACACAUUUUGCUACCACUAGUCAACAAAAAACUUCUUUGACUACAAAUUCUGCUAUCGCUAGUCAACAAAAUAUUCCAUUGACUACAAAUUCUGCUACCACUAGUCAACAAAAAACUACACUAACUACAGAUUCUGCUACGACUAGCCAACAAAAUACGUCAUUGACUACACAUUCUGCUACCACUAGUCAACAAAAAACUCUUUUGACUACAAAUUCUGCUACCACUAGUCAACAAAAUACGUCAUUGACUACACAUUCUGCUACCACUAGUCAACAAAAAACUCCAUUGACUACAAAUUCUGCUACCACUCGUCAACAAAAUAUUCCAUUGACUACAAAUUCUGCUAUCGCUAGUCAACAAAACACGUCAUUCAUUACAGAUUCUGCUACCAAUAGUCAACAAAAAACUCAAAUGAAAACGGAUUACGUAACAAGUAGUCAACCAAAUACUCCAUUCUCUACAGAUUUAGCUACUUCUGGUCAACAAAUCACAACCCCACUAACUACAGAUUUUGCUACUUCUGGUCAACAAAUCACAACUCCUCUAACUACAGAUUUUGCUACUUCUGGUCAACAAAUCACAACUCCACUAACUACAGAUUUUGCUACUUCUGGUCAACAAAAAAAUCCAUUGACUUCAUAUUCGGAUACUUCUAGUCACCAAAGACAUUCAGCAACUUUUUUCACAACUAAUCAACUAACAUCUUCAUCAACUUCAUCUUAUGCCACAAACAAUCAACCAACACAUUUUUCGACUAGUUAUAUUACUAGUCAAAAGACUGUUCGUUUGAACACUGCGUUCAAUAUUUCUAAUACAGUACAUGAACAACUGAAAAAUGUUUCUAUCCAGAAUGUAUCACAGCCAACUCAAAAUAGCCUAUUUAUGAAAUUUACAGAAUAUGCAGCCACAGCGUCAGGUUGUAUGCUACUAGCUGUUGUCAUAUUAAUAGUGUUAGCGAUCCGUUGGAAAAACAGAAAACUCCGUCGGAAAUCAAUCAAGUGGAACCAUCCACACAGUACCCUGCGUAUUCCUAGAGCUCAGUUAAGCAAGCAAAACGAAUACGUGUCAAUGGGGACUAUUGAAAGACCACAGCAUUUGGCCGGAGUAAGCAAUGUUUUAAUGAUUAAUGUGCAUGACCCUAAUGGUGACAAUGAAUUCCAUAUAAAUUUCCAUCGAAGUUCACAAGACAAUACUGGCUCUAAUGUUGAACCUGAAGUGGAUUAUGAUUAUAUAGAUUUAGAAUAUGAUUACUGAUUAGUUAACUACUGAUAUAUGCACUUAUUGAAUGUUUGAAAUGAAAUAUUUUUGAAAUCACUAUGAUUUUUUUUUCAAAGGUAAACAUGUUUUCAUAUCUGAAAUGUAUUAGUUGACCUGCAUUUUAUAACAAGGCAAGGACGGAAAUUGUCGUUUUGGAUAGCUUUAAUACAUUCUUUGACUGUUAUUUUUAUAAGGUAUUAAAAUGGUUCAUUAUUUCUAGCAUCCGUCUUUUGAUAUUUGUAGUUUUAUUAUCAGAAAAUAUAUUACAUGUAACAUUCUGUAUCCUCUAGAUAUAAAGUAUAUGGUGUCUUAUCUAUACUUGAAAUUCAAAUGAGCCCCGCUUUUAAGGACGUCAUGUAUGAAAAAAAAAAACCGGAAUAUAUGGUAUUAACUGUAUUCUAUUAUGCACAAAAUUAAUGAUGCAUUUUUGUGUUUGUUUUAUUAUUCUAAUCUGCGUUAACAAUCAUAUAUACUUCAUCAUUUUUACAGAAGCCACAUUCCGCCAAGAAACGCUAAAUAGAACACGCAACAAAAUGUAAUUCGUGUACAGUAAAUACAAUUUCAAAUGUAUAAUUAAAUUCUUUUGAUACAAUACCAUACAAUAUAAUAAGAUGCCGUUAUAUUAAUUAAAUUAAUGGUUAGUUUUGUAUGUAUGUAAAAUUAUCAUAUCUACAAAUUGUUUUAAAACUUAUA